UGUCAGGAGGCGGAAGCUGGUGCCGGCGGGAAGGUUGUAGUGCGGGGCUAGGUUGUGCGCUUGCUGCGUUCUGCGUCGGUCCCUACCCCCGAGCUGCGUUCUGCGUGGGCGCCCCCCACCCCGGCACAGCCGUGACCGGACAGCGAGGUUCCUCGAGACUCCUCGCAUCCGGAUGAUUGUAAAGUGCUGAUCAGUGGCCACUGAAUAUAAUUGAAACAGAAUAGGAAGAUGGCAGCAAAUCCUUCAGGACAAGGUUUUCAAAAUAAAAAUAGAGUUGCGAUCUUGGCUGAACUGGACAAAGAGAAAAGAAAAUUACUUAUGCAGAACCAAUCUUCAGCAAGUCACCCUGGAGCUAGCAUCUCCCUCUCCAGACCCUCUCUUAACAAGGACUUCCGGGACCAUGCUGAGCAGCAGCACAUUGCAGCCCAGCAGAAGGCAGCACUGCAGCAUGCUCAUGCACAUUCGUCUGGAUACUUCAUAACUCAAGACUCGGCAUUUGGGAAUCUUAUCCUUCCUGUUUUACCGCGCCUUGACCCAGAAUGAAGAAAGUAUCUGAUCAAAGGGACCCUGUAGUUAGUUUCGAAUGGCAAAGCUCCUACUUGGCUCUAUACAAACUCUGACUUUGAGGACUUGGGAGAAUUUAGUUUUUGUUUCUUUAAAGAAAGGAAUAAGUGAGAGUGAAGAAAGAAGGGCAGCGCGGAUGCUGAGAACUUUGGACACGGUAUGAUUGGCGGAAUUGGUUGUGCUGCCUGUGACUAACUUUUUUGUGUUACCAUUUGACUCUGUAUUCUCAGACUUAGAAUUGCUUAGUUUCAUAAAAUCUUCACCGCCUUCAAGAAGUUGGACUGAGUGUCUCAUGCAUGAAGCCCUGGAUUUGACCCCAGCACUACACAAACAAGCUCUGAUACGCAUUCCGGUAAUCUUGGCACUGGAGAAACAGAGGCAGGAAGAUCAGAAGUUCAAAACCAUCCUUGCUUAGGUAGUGAUUUUGAGACCAGUCUGAGGUAUAUAAAACUGCCUUAAAAAACAAAAAUACUAAAACCAAACAAGAACCAUUAUUAACUUUAAAAAAUGAGGUUGCUUUUUAAAAAUGUGAACAAUAAAGAGUCUUACAUUACAAACAUA